CCCCAUGUUGCUUUCACUGUCAGGUUUUAGAUUCAAUCUUUCUGUGCUAGCUUUCAGUGUUUCGACGUGUGUGGGCCAUUUGAUAGCUAAAGACGUACCUUGUACCAGCACAAGAGCACCGUCAAGAAAAGCCUUUAGGGAGGCAUGGCAAGCUUUGCAUUCAGCUUGCCUGCUGCGGCCCUCCAGUUGAAUCCCAGGCAUCCCUUGAUGACGCCGCUCUGCACAUGAAGAUGAGUUUGAGAGUUCGCUUGCUGAGGCUCUCAUCAUAGAGCGUUUUGACCCGGACAAGCUCACACGAAGAAGGGACGCACUGGGCCCAGCACACUGCUAAUUACUCUUCAGAAUCCAGGCCUACGCAGUAACGUGACACUUUGGCCGGCAGCAUUGUACUGCACCCUGCAGAGCCCUAUGUUCCCCUAAUGCUGAGCCCUGAUUACUGAUUCUGCGGACUAUUCUUGGCUUUGGUACUUUUCUUGACCCCCCUUUGGAGUUGACGGCAGCCCCUGUGCACGCUGAUUGGUCGAAUACAUUCCGCUGUGGCGUCCGCCGGGUUUCUUCGCAUGCUGAGCCAGCACGUCGAUGCCGCAUCGAUGGCGCUGCAAUUUGAGGUGCUGGCUCGCUCCGGGCGGGCGCGCGCAUCACAGCUGACUCUCCCACACUAUGAGUGUGCCACCCCCAUGUUUAUGCCCGUUGGCACGCAAGGCAGUGUGAAGGGUCUGACGAGCGAACAGCUGGCGGAGCUGGACUGCCACGUGAUCCUGGGCAACACGUACCACCUGGCCAACCGCCCUGGCUCCGAUCUGAUUGACCGCAUGGGCGGCCUGCACCACUUCAUCAACUGGAAGCGCGGCAUGCUCACUGACAGUGGGGGCUUCCAAAUGGUGUCGCUGCUGCACCUGGCGGACAUCACUGAGGAAGGCGUCACGUUCCAGUCCCCUGUGGACGGACGGCCCAUGCUGCUCACGCCAGAGCAGUCCAUCCGCAUCCAGAACGAGAUUGGCGCUGACAUCAUUAUGGCACUCGAUGACGUGGUCAGCAGCUUAGUGACAGGCCCUCGCAUCGAGGAAGCAAUGCACCGGACCCUGCGCUGGAUUGAUCGAUGCAUUGAAGCUCAUUCUCGAUCAAACGAGCAGAACCUGUUUGGCAUCAUUCAGGGGGGUUUGGACCCCCGUCUCAGGGACCUUUGCUUAAAAGGGAUGAUGGAACGAGACAAGGAUCUGCCCGGGUAUGCCAUUGGCGGCCUGGCCGGCGGCGAGGACAAGGCGUCCUUCUGGCGGGUCGUAGCUCAGUGCACCGCGGCCCUGCCCGACAACAAGCCGCGCUACGUCAUGACAGUCGAAACUGGGCUGGAUGGGAAGUUAGCGGAGGAUUUCUCCCUUUCCCCCCCCUCCCUUGGAUCCGCCCCCAUGUGCGCGCGCAGGUACCCGCUGGACAUCGUGGUGUGCAGCGCGCUGGGCGCGGACAUGUACGACUGCGUGUACCCGACGCGCACCGCCCGCUUCGGCACCGCGCUGGUGCCGGAGGGCACGCUGCGCCUCAAGCUCGCGGACAUGAAGCACGACAUGCGGCCCAUCGACCCCACCUGCGCCUGCAUGGUGUGCCAGAAGUACACGCGCGCGUACCUGCACGCGGUGGUGACCAAGGAGCCCAUCGGUGCGUACCUGGUGAGCUACCACAACGUGGCCUACAUGAUGCGCCUCACCCGCGACAUCCGCACCGCCAUCACCCAACAGCGCUUCCCACAGUAUGUGCGCGAUUUCCUGCAGUGUCAGUUCCCUAAAGGCGACAUCCCAGAUUGGGUGCGCGACGCUUUGAAGGUGGCCGGCAUUGAUGUGUGACACGUUUUGGAAUAGUCGGCACUCAAAGCUGAACAUUGAAGUGUAGGCCGACCAAGAGCUCCCCUCCAUUACGCCUUGACCAAGAGCCGUAGUGCCCGGUCAUCCCGAUCUUGUCAGACGUACUAUCAACGUCAUGCACUGUGCGAAUUUUUAUUGAAACGGAUCCGAUUCGCAGAAUCCUAAUGACAAAACUAGUAGUACAGGUAGUCGGAAGAGAUAUCAUCGGAAACACGCUGAGCCGGCCCAUCGACUGCCCAGCUCAUGCGCGUUGUUUGUCAAUGCGUGGCG